UCAUCUCUCGCAGGACACGUCCACGUAGAUGUCUUCAAUAUGCAAAAUGAGGAAUCAGCCGUGUUAAUUUACAAAUACACGACUGAGAUAGUCUAGUAAUUGCUUUUCAGUUUGUAGAUUUAAUUCAGUUUGUUUGAUUUUUUAUCGUAGUUUUUCGGAAUGCGUCGUUCAAUUACUCGCAUCUUGUUCGGCAUAUUUGUACAAUGGCUCACUUUGCUACCCUUGUCCCAAGCGAUGUUGAACGGGUUUACCACCAUCGUAGAGGCAGGAAAAGUGAACUGCUUUUACGAGAAUAUGGAAGUUAAUAAAACCUUGGAAAUGGAAUAUCAGGUGGUUGAAGGAGGGGGAGAAAUGGACAUUACCUUUCAAGUGAUUUCUCCUAGUGGAGCACUGGUAGUGGAUGAUCAAAAGAAAACAGAUGACUUACAUACUGUCCAAGUAAAUGAGAAAGGAGUAUAUGCAUUCUGUUUUGAUAAUUCAUUCAGUACACUGGCAGAGAAAACUGUCUAUGCAGACUUAGGACUUGAAAGUGAUGACAUAGACAACUGGUUAUCAGAGCUGGAGGGAGACAAAAGUAUAGAAGACCAGCAGCUACAAGUUGAAAGUUUACGGACCACACUUGAGAAUAUAAAAAUGCAGUUGGAGAAAGCUCAGGGUUACCAGACCUACCUUACAAAGAAGAAUGUAAAGAGUCAUUUUCUUGUAACUAGGAGUGGAAGUAGAGUGUUUUGGUGGUCUCUUGUACAAAGUGUUGCCCUUGUUGGAGUGGCUAUAUGCCAAGUAUUAAUUGUGAAGAAUUUCUUUGGUACUAAUAGUACUGGUCAAAGGAUUUGAACAUUUUUUUUAGUUUAUUCCAAGUUUUAGUGAUGACCCCUCUACAUUUGCAGUUUCUUUGGGGGUGAACACUGUUAUCUUUACUGACUGUUUUCUCAUUUGCUUUUGCUAAGUCUUGAUAUGAAGCUAGCUGAUGACAGAAAAACACAUCUUUUCCUUUCUAGAACAAUUUUUUUAAGUAAUAUUUAGAGCUUUAUAUUGAUGUCAGUAAAAAAAUAUCUUUUCACUACUAAAUAAUACAAGAGUUUCACUAUCCAACUUGAUGGUGAUGAUGCCUUCUAGAUACAGGACUUGAAACUUCCUGUGAUCAAGUGUGGUUUGUUUUCUCUUGAACAGACUCUGAAGGAAAGAUAACAUUGUGUCUAGGUUAGUCCUACAGAAUGGCAGUGUAAUCAGACUAUCACCUUGACAUGUUGCAUACUGAUGAAAAUGUUUUCCCUGUUAAGGAGAUUAUGUAGCAAAAUUGUCAUGAACACAGAUUGACUUCAUGUAGGAUUGCUCUUUUGUCUUGCAAAUAAAUGACAUUAAAAUAAUUAUUUUUAAAAAGUGGGGCAGACAUUAAGUCAACAUUUAACAACCAAUGAAUAAGCAGAGAUAUGAAGAGAAAUUAUGAUAAGAAAGGAAUAUAAACUGUGCUAGAUCAGUAGUACAGACAGAAAUACUUACAAAUUUUCCUAACUGAUAUAAAGAAAUCCCACCAGGAAGGUUUUACAUUAACAAGUUUCUCUGCAUCAAAGUUUGCACCUUGAAAUAUGUGCCUCCUGAAGACAUUAUGACUUAAUUGUGUAGAAAAACAAGUUGUUGGCUAAAGAAUGUUAUUUUGAGUAAAGUGGCAUUUUGGACACAUCUGUGCUCUUGAAACAAUACAAAAGUUGUUUACCCAAAUGUUUAUUCAUUAUGCUAAAAAUUUCAAACUAAGCACUGAAUGUAGUUAUCAGCUUCCAAUCAAUUUAGCCUGUGGAAUACUCCUUCAGCAUUUGAUGUGAAGUAAGUCUACUGUAUUAAAAAUAUUUUUUAAAGAAAA